CCGCCUCCGCUCUGCUCUUGGCAUCCUUCUGGUCGCUCGAUGAGAAAGGACCCGGCCCCCAUCCUGAUGGGGAUCGGCGGGGCUGGGGGGUGGUGCGGCCCCCGCAGCGAGGCAGGGGGUUAGGGGUGGGGGCAGUAAAUUAUUUGACAGCCUAAGGGAUGUGCACGGGAUGCAGCCGCUGGUUCUGCUUCGGUCAGCGCUGACACCGGGAUAUCGGGGUGAUGCCCAGCUUGGGUCAGGGGAAAAUCCUGGCAGAAGCCUCGGCCAGGAGCCCUGCCCGGCUGCCAGCCCAAACUCAGCACCCCCAGGGGACGUGGGGGGCAGCACCCCUAGCCCUUUGGGGCUGCCCACGUUUGGGUGCCCACGCUGCCCGCCCAGCCCCUGCGUGGGACAGGAGAGGCGGCCGGCACAGUCCUCCCUCGGCGCACGCAAACAUCCCCUCUCUGUCCAGCCCCCGGCGCGCCGGCAUCCGGACCACGGCGCCUGCUGUUAACUUCUCACAUGCCGGGGUUUCGGCAGCCCAAGCGCCAAAAUGUCACUGCUGGUCAGCGGCACCGUGGGGCUGGGGGCUGCGGUGCCCGCCGGGACCCUCCUGCAGCCCAGGGACACGUCCGUGGGGACAGGAGAGGCCGGGAUGGUGUUGCACGGGGCGGUGCCUCUGCGGGUUUGGAAGGAUGCCCCCCAGCUCCCCGUGGCUUUCCUGGCCAGGCGCGAGGUCCAAAUUGCAAACACAUGGUGCUGGGGAGCGCGGGGGUGCAGGGCACGCCGGGGAGGGGGGGGGGUUGGCGGGCAGGGCGACGAUUUUAUUUCCAGAAACAGGAGCUGAGUUCCUCCGUCUGCAAAGGGGACAGGGUGCAGACGCUUGGCUCUCCCCCAGGUUCCAGCGGCACGUCCACACCUACCGCAUCCUCCCCGACGACGAGGGGCUGCUCUCCGUCCAGACUAUCCAGGGCAUCCAGGCCAAGUGCUUCCGCACGCUCCCCGACCUGAUCGGCGCCUACCAGCAGCCCAACAACGGGCUGGUGACGCCCCUGCUCUACCCCGUGCACCGGCCCCGGGACGUGGCCGACGAGGACUCGGACGGGGAGGACGGCAGAGGGAACCAGGCAGGCAGCGCGGUCCCCGCUGGGGGGUCCGGGGGGAGCACGGGGCUCGGCGCUCCGCCUGCCCGGCCCCACAUCUCGCAGCAGCUGCAGCUGAGGCUGCAGGAGCAGGUCCACAGCAGCCCAGCCAGUGACUUCAUGGGCUUCAUGGCCGAGUACCUGACCCAGCACCUGCAGCUGGACCUGGAGGCGCUGCGCAACGGGCACCUGCAGCUGCGCCACCUCAGCACCGCCCUCGUCACCGCCUGCAGGGCGCUGCACAGUGAGAUCGACUUCACGUUGGCCGGGCUGGAGACCCUGGCCAGGGUGUUCGACCCCCCUGCGUCCCCUCGCAGCCCGGCCAGGGAGCAGGGCCUCCUGGCCAGCGAUCCCGACCUGGAGCUGCUCCUCAACAAGAUCUCUGCCGUCAACCACCUGCUGUCAUCGCUGGAGAAGAAGGUGCUGAGGUCCCUGCAGGAGACGGUGUCGCGGCACAACCUGGCGCUGCCCAGCCUGGCGGCCCCGCCGCCGGCCACCAAGCCCCUGGCCGUGCAGUGCUUCGAGGUGAAGGUGGGCAAGUUGCAGCGGGCAGCCCUGACGGUGGACGUGGAGCUGGGCACGGUGGCCAUCACCAAGAAGGGCAGCGGGUCGCCGGAGGAGACCAUCCCGCAGGACAAAAUCCUGCAGCUGAUUAAAUACCAGAGCGUGCAGAGCAAGGUGAGGCUGGUGUACGACCGCGACCCGCAGAGGAGCCUGAGCAAGGACUUCGUCUUCCCCAGCGCGCGGAAGCGAGAAGCCUUCUGCCAGCUGCUGCAGCUGAUGAAGAUCCAGCACUCCAACCUGGACGAGCCCGACCUCAUCUCGGUGUACGUCGGGACGUGGAACAUGGGCAGCGCCCCGCCGCCGCGCUCCCUCGCCUCCUGGCUGACCUCGCGGGGCUUGGGGCGCACGCAGGACGAGACCACCGCCUGCAUCCCCCACGACAUCUACGUCAUCGGCACCCAGGAGAACUCCCUGGGCGACCGCGAGUGGGUCGAGUUCCUGCGCGCCUCCCUCAAGACGCUGAUGGCCAUCGACUACCGAGUGGUCGCCCUGCAGUGCCUGUGGAGCAUCAAGAUGGUGGUGCUGGUGAAGCCCGAGCACGAGCGGCGCAUCAGCCACGUCCACACCUCCAGCGUCAAAACGGGGAUCGCCAACACGCUGGGGAACAAGGGGGCCGUGGGCGUCUCCUUCCUGUUCAACGGGACCUCCUUCGGCUUCGUCAACUGCCACCUGGCCUCCGGCAGUGAGAAGACCCACAGGCGGAACCAGAACUACAGCGACAUCCUGCGCUCCCUGGCGCUGGGCGACAAGCGGCUCAGCGCCUUCGACCUCACGCUGCGCUUCACCCACCUCUUCUGGUUCGGGGACCUCAACUACCGCCUCGACAUGGACGUGCAGGACAUCCUGACCCACGUCACCAAGAAGGAGUUUGACAUCCUGCUGGCCGUCGACCAGCUCACCCUGGAGCGGGAGAAGAACAAGGUGUUCCUGCAGUUCAGAGAGGGUGACAUCUCCUUCCCACCCACCUACCGGUACGAGCGGGGCUCCCGGGACAGCUACAUGUGGCAGAAGUUCAAGACCACGGGGAUGAGGAUCAACGUCCCCUCGUGGUGCGACCGCAUCCUCUGGAAGUCGCACCCCGAGACCCACCUGGUCUGCAACUCCUACGGCUGCACCGACGAUAUUGUCACCAGCGACCACUCGCCCGUCUUCGCCACCUUCGAGGUGGGCGUGACGUCGCAGUUCGUGCCCAAGAACGCUCCCGGCAGCAGCCCCGAGCCCCUGGCCUGCAUCGAGUGGGAGAGCAUCGAGGUGAUCGUGAAAACCGCCAGCCGCAGCAAGUGCUACAUCGAGUUUCACUCCUACUGCCUGGAGGAGGCUCAGCGGAGCGGGGAGAACAGCUCCCAGAGCUGCGACGUCCCCGGCUUCCUCAAGAUGGGCUGGUCGGCCAAGCAGCUGCCCGUGCUGAACCCCAUCCUGCCGGACCUGGAGUACCUGGGGGACCAGCACUUGCUCCUCAGCAUCAAGGGCGUGGAGAGCUGCGAGUCCUACGGCGAGUGCUGCAUCGCGAUGAGGUCGAUGAUCGGCAGCAUGGCCCAGCAGUUCGAGACCUUCCUCUUCCACCGAGGCGAGGAGACGGGCUCCAUGCGGGGCUGGAUGAAGGUCCGGGUCCCCAAGGAGAGACACAGCACCCGCGAGAGGCUCUACGAGUGGAUCAGCUUUGAGGAGGAGGACGAUGCUCCGGCAGCGGACACCCCGACGUGCCCCAAGCCACCUCUCAGGUACCCCGCUGGUGCUGCCCCUCCACGCACCCCAUCCCCAGGCGAUGCUGAGCCCUGUCCCGCCGUGCCUCGCAGGAGCCGGCCCCACAGCCUCCCGGAGGCCAGCAGCUACACCAACCCAGCCUACUUCAUCUUCGAGGGGCUCCCCACCACGUGGGCGCUGGGCACCGGAGAAGCCCCCAACACGCAGGCAGAGAGCCCGACGGGGGGCCAGCGGCGCCGGAGCCCCCUCAGGGCACGGGUCCCCUCGCCCUCGCCCCGCGGGUGCCUGCUCAGCCCCCCUGGCGUGGGCAGGCAGAAGCGACCCAAGUCGGCCAUCCUGGAGAGGGAUGCGCCAGCAAUGGGCGACUGCUCGCUGACGGCGCUGCACAUGGCCACCUGCCUGAGCCAGCUGGACCGGCUGGCCCCCGGGCGUGCAGGGGACAGCCACAAGGUGCUGCUGCGCCAGACCCACAGCGCCCUGGAGCCGCCCCCCCGGCGCUCCCCGGGGGUGCCGGGGCGCACCACGGAUGCUCGCCAGCACGGCCACCCCGGAGAGUGGCCCUGCGACAGGUCCCGCAGCGCUGGCGUGGGGCCGGGCCACCUCGGUGUGCAGCAGUACGAGGAGGGGCUGUGCGCCCACGGCUGGGACGGCCCCGAGUUCUUCAGGUACCCCCCAGCCCUGGAGCUGGCAGCAGGGGGCUCAGAGCACACCAGCACCACUGCCCCCAGGGUCCCUGGCAGAGCCCCGCGCCCUGGGGGGGACGAGAGGUGAGCCUCAGGGCAGGGCAGGGCGCAGGAGGCCGGGGGUGCACCCGCCGUGUCCCCAGGUCCUCAUGGGGGCCUGGGGGGUCCCCGCUCCCUCUCGGUGGCUUCCCGGCAGGGGCUCUCUCUGGCCACAUGUGUAGGGAUGGCACCGAGCGGGACCUGCUGGAAGCUGGGGGGCUCAGCCCUGCCCACCGCAACGCCACUCCAUGGUGAGGUGCUUGGGAACCCCUCGGGGAGCCUGCAGCACAGAGCCUCAAGCCUAGAGCCUAAGACGUGUGGGACUGGGAACAUCCCACGGGGGUUCUGUCGCCCACCUCGCCUGGACACAGCCAGCACCCAGGAUUGGACCUCCUGGCCAUGUGCCCGACCUGCCUGGGCCCACCAGUGGGGGACUGGUGUGCCUCAGCUGGACAGCCUCGGGAAGUGGACAUGGGGAUGGAUGCUCUCCGGGUGUCGCCGCACGUCCCCGGCCUCCCUCCCCUCCCCAAAGCAAUGGAGGGACCCUGCUGAGCCCCCCCAGAGAGGAGGACAGGGGACAUGGGGCUAACGGAGGCCGCUCAGGAGGUGGGGACUGCUGGAUGCUUUGGACCUGGAGGCCCUGAGCACCCUCGUGCCUUGGCCGCGUCAGCCGCUCCCUCGUCCCGCCGCUCAGCCUGGCUGGGCCCACGUUCCCUGAGGAUUUCUCCUCCAGCAGCUGCUCCCGGGGCUGCGUUCGGUUUCUGUACGAGGUGCACCUUGCUGCUCCCACCUGCAAUAAAGUCUCAGGGUUCGGAGGA